ACCAGUGCACAAAGCAAGGUCCAUAACGACAUGGAUGACAGAGUCUGGUGUGGAUGAACUUGACUGGCCUGCACAGAGUCCUGACCUCAACCCGAUAGAACACCUUUGGGAUGAAUUAGAGCGGAGACUGAGAGCCAGGCCUUCUCGUCCAACAUCAGUGUGUGACCUCACAAAUGCGCUUCUGGAAGAAUGGUCAAAAAUUCCCAUAAACACACUCCUAAACCUUGUGGACAGCCUUCCCAGAAGAGUUGAAGCUGUUAUAGCUGCAAAGGGUGGACCGACGUCAUAUUGAACCCUAUGGAUUAGGAAUGGGAUGUCACUUAAGUUCAUAUGCGAGUCAAGGCAGGUGAGCGAAUACUUUUGGCAAUAUAGUGUAUUAUAUCCAGAUUUCUAGUUUAAUGUUCUUGUACUAAAGAUGAGAUUAAAAAGCAAUAAUGGGCUGUAAAAUGUUCACUUUAGCUUUGAGUAAAUGCUGCUUUUUUUCAGAAUUUCUGAUCCUUAUUAAGGAGAAUCUGACCUGGGGGGAAGCUCUGGCAUUCUGCAGGAACCAUCAUCAUGACCUGUCUGAGGAGAUGCAGCUCUGGGUGAAGGAAGUGGCUCAAGACGCCUCCACUGAACACGUGUGGCUCGGCCUGCGUCACGACUGUGUCCAGCGUGUCUGGUUCUGGGUUUUUGGAUCAAUGAUCUGCUAUGAGGACUGGGCCCCGGGGAAUGGGACCUGGAAUGAAGACUGCAGCCAUGAGGAGAGAAGUGGAGCAGUGCAGUCUGGAGGAGAGCAGAAGUGGAUCGAGCUGCAUGAGAGCCACAAGCUCAACUUCAUCUGUUCUACCUCUGAUGAUUUGUUUUAUUAAACAUGAAGACUGAAGACAAGCUGUGGUCUAACAUCUGUAUCCAGCAUUAUCUGAUCUACACUACUAUCUCAUUUAUACUCUUCUACACUUUAUUAUUAUAUCCUUUUAAUGCAGAUGUUUCAUCAUAUUUUUAAUGUUGUAUUCAGUAAACUUAACUGUCUCCAUACAGCAUGAUCUGUAUUAUGUUACCUAUAUUCUAUUUACUUUUCUUACAAAUGGAGGGUUUAUGGGUAAUUAAGGUGAAAUCUAUUUACCUGAUGUUUAAACUACAGUUUCUUUAGUUUGCACAUUUAAUUGUUUUUAAAAUUCUUACUCAGAAUAGGGAACCAAUUGCAAAUAGGGAACACCACUGCAAACAGUGAUGUUAAAAUCAUCAAUAUUCUUUUUUAUUCAAUAUUCGUUUUUCUUAUUUCAUUUUGUGCAGUUCUCAGUUGUUUGCUUUUUUACAUCUAGACAACUAAGAGUGUUUUCAGGAUAUCUGCAUAAUUACAUGUUGAUGAUUUCUAUACCUGGGAUUUCUGGGCACUUGCAUCUUUAUUGUGCAGUAAUAUGUACUGUAAUGACUGCUGCCAGUUUAGUUUCCUAUCAAAUAAAAAUA